GUUCUGUCCAUCCACCGUUGCUGACUGCAUCUUUCACCGCUCACCGUCCACCGUUCACCGUUGUUCCCCCAGGUGGACGGGCUGAUGGAUAUCAUCUGCGAAGUCAAGCCCACGCGGCAUGCAUAUAUCGUGUCGACUGGUUUCCACUUCUUUCUAUCCCUUGCUUCCGGACUCGGUCAGUCAAAAGAUUACAUGAAUAACUUUGUUACCGGUCGACUCUGUUUUCCCCACGGCCACGACACGACACGACACGACACGGCACGACACGAUUUGACGCCACGAUCCUCCCCGCCGUUAAUUUCUCGGAUUUCAGACGCUCGACGGUGGGAGACAGACUCACCACAAAAUCCUCGGCCUAAUUAGGUACUUAGUGUCACCGGACGGUCCGGUGACUGGCCCCCUUUCGUUUCUCUAUCCUGUAAUCUUCACCACCAAAACCCGCAGGCAAUUCUUUACGAGGCCGUACGUUGUACUCUUUCAGCUACGGUUCUAUCCUUGAUUUGCAUCUGAUAAGGAUAUAUCGUCGUUGACGCCGUCGUCGCGGGAUACGCAGGUAGGUACCCGUCCGUUCGUUCCCCUGUAUCCUAAACCGCGUUACUCCGAUUCCCCCGAGUCCGGAUCUUCCCGUGGCCACAGGAACAUUCCCAUGCCAGCCUUAUGCAUUCCUCCUUACGUAUGCUUCCAUGUGGCGCACUCGGUUCACUCCGUUUGCUUCCGUUGCGCUGACAUGGAGGGAUGCCCACGAAUUACCUACCUAUGUACAUACAUACGCCACGAUGGAUUAUUCGUUCCCACCUCUGAAUUGACCUUGUCCAGACUU